AUGGCUGAGGCUGCCCAACCCAAUGGGGAAUCCCAUGGUUCAGAAGUUAGGACCCAGAUCCAGCAGCCCCCAGAGAGAACUCUGAGGACACCAACCAGGCGCAGUCCGCACUCAGUGCUCAGAGUGUCCCAGCUGCUGCUCAGAGCCAUCGCGGGCCACCAGCGGCUGACUCUGGCGGAGCUCAAGAAGGAGCUGGGAAACGCUGGCUAUGAAGUACGCCGAAAGGUCAAUCGCCAAGUCGGGGAAUCCACCAGGUCCGAGAAGGGCACGCUCCUGCGGGUCAGUGGCAGCGAUGCUGCGGGCUACUUCAGGGUCUGGAAGAUUGCAAAGCCGAAGAAAAAGGUGGGACGGCCCCGGCAGACAGUGGACCACCAGACUUCUGGGAAGACCGGGUUCAGAUCCCCCAAACCACUCAGGCCCCGCUCCCGUCGCAAGGCGGCCAAGAAGGCCAGAGAAGUCUGGAGACGCAGGACCAGGACUUUGAGGGCAAAGUCUAGGAGGGCCAGAUUAAGGGCCAGGUCAAGAGCCAGAUCAAGGGCCAGGUCAAGGGCCAGGUCAAGGGCCAGGUCAAGAACCAGGUCAAGAGGUAGGGACCAGGUGCGUGCCAAGUCCAGGGAACAGUCUCAUGCCAGGGCCAGGGAACAGGCUAAAUCCAGAACCAGGUCACUUGAGUGUGUUGGGGCCAGGGAGCAAGAAUGUGCCAAGGCCAAGGAGCAGGAGUGUACCAAAGCCAGGGAACAGGCACAUAUCGGAGCCAGGGAGGAAGCCAGGGUCCGGACAGUGGACUGCAGAAGACAGCCUUCAAGGGAAGACACCUGCCUUCGGUCUGCAGCUGAGAGGAGCCCAAGCUCAAAAUCCGGGCAAGAGAGAAGGCAGGAACCCGAGAGGCCGGUGAAACGAACCAUCCAGAAGCCAGCUGUGGCCAAAGCCGACAGUGCUUCCAUCAGACAAGGCAAAUCAUUCACGAAGACUUCUACAAAAUGUGAAGGUUCUAGGAGCUCGGGGAAUCCUUAA